GUCUUUCCCAACUGAUACAGGCUAAGAGGAUAUGCUUCAUGGCAGCAUAAUGAGAAUGACUCAGUCAAUCAGCGACCAUCAGUAUUCAUGGUCAACCUCGCCGUACUUCGAUGAGGAAAGCUACUCCCCUCCACGCAAAAACAUGAAGGGUCUCUCCGGUGGCCGUCCCGCCCACCUCCAGCUCACCUCUCCCACCUCAGCCCACACAUGUGGCUUUGGAGAUGUUGACCAUUCCCUGGAGCAUCAUUCACGGCCCCCGUCCUACCUCCUCAGCCCCACCGAGAGCUGUCCCCUUGAAGGUCGCCAUCGCUUCUCCCCGAGGAGUUCCAUCCACUCGGAGUGCAUGGUGAUGCCGGUGUCCAUGGCGCCCACCGAUCACUCUGUCGCAUGUAGCACUUUUCCACGUAUGCAUUACGGAAGCGCGUCGCGGGAAAGCGGAGGUAAAACCUCCGGCGGCAGGGAUGACGGUUGCUCAUCCUCGUACGGCGGCAGCGGCAAAAUGAACCGAAUCCCAGCCAAUCUACUGGACCAAUUUGAGAAGCAGAUGCCGCUUCACCGAGAUGGUUUCCACACAUUGCAGUACCAACGCACAUCCACCACAACAACGACCACAGAACCGCGCAAUGAAAGUCCCGGGAGGAUCCGUCACCUCGUUCACUCGGUGCAGAAGCUUUUCACAAAGUCACACUCCCUGGAAGGUUCCUCCAAGAUGAACGGUACCAAAAACGAUUCGCAUCGGGAUGGCUCGCACCAUCAUCACCACCACCAAGGCCACCACAAACACAGCAAGCGCAGCAAGAGCAAAGAUCGCAAAGGUGACGGGAGCGGGAGGCAGCGUUCCGGAGGUUGGUGGAGUUCCGACGACAACUUGGACAGUGACAGCACAUACCGACCGCUGAGUGUUAUGUCGCGACACCCUGUGGACCAAAUCAGUCAAUGCUACCCUGAUUCUAUGCACAGCCACUUAACCGGAGACCUGUCGCUAAAGACUUCCAAAAGUAACAACGACGUCAAGUGCUCGGCGUGUGAGAGCAUGACACCGGAGGGCAAGUUCAUGAAGAGGAGCUCCUGGUCCACGUUAACAGUCAGCCAAGCCAAGGAGGCCUACAGGAAGUCUUCGCUUAAUUUGGAGAAACCCAUGACCCCAACAGACCUCAAGUCCAACCUCAGGCCGUGUCACUAUCUUCAGGUUCCACAGGAUGAGUGGGCAGGAUAUCCCGGAGGCGAAAAGGACGACGAGAUUCCUUGUCGUCGCAUGCGCAGCAGCAGCUACGUCAAAGCCAUGGGGGAUGAAGAGAGCGGCGAGUCGGAUUCAAGCCCCAAGACAUCACCCCAGAAAUCAGUGCGACCAGAUGCCCUCAUAAAGGCCAUCAUCAGACCCAGAGAGCUGUUGGACUCUCAGAGUCAGAGCUACCACUUGCAAACAGCCAUGCACCCAAGCAUUGCUCUGGACCCCGCUGCACACUACAACUCCCCCAAGUUUCGCUCCAGGAACCAGAGCUACAUGCGGGCAGUCAGCACUCUCAGCCAGGCCAGCUGUGUGAGCCAAGUGAGCCAGGUCAGCGAAACUGAAAUAAAUGGCCAAUUUGAAUCAGUCUGUGAGUCUGUGUUCAGCGAGGUGGAAUCACAGGCCAUGGAUGCAUUGGACUUACCCGGAUGUUUUCGAACGCGGAGCCACAGCUACCUACGAGCCAUCCAAGCCGGCUACUCUCAAGAUGAUGAGUGCAUCCCUCCCAUGGCCUCCACUCUCACAUCCACUAUCAGAUCUACCACAGGCAUCCAAUUCUGCCUUUCGUUUAACUGCAUUCGUAUUGACUGGACACCCCACCCCCAGCCAGCCAUCAGCUACACACCAAGCUACAAGAAGCCCCCUCCACCCGUCCCGCCCCGCACCACCUCCAAACCCCUCAUCUCCAUCACAGCCCAAAGCAGCACAGAAUCCACCCAGGAUGCCUACCACGAAGGGAGGCACCUCCACGGCGGGAUGUGGGGCUCCGAUGGCCUGACCCUGGGCCUGAACCCUGGCAGAGCCCUCUAUAACUCAGUUGACAGCCUGGAUAGCGCCAAGGCUGUAACAAUAGCCAUGGAGGCAGCUGGGGUCAUGGCUGGAAAGAGACACCCGUCCACAGACAGCCACAGCUCGGUACUCACCUGCGACAAGGCCAUCCUGGUGUCUAAGGCUGAGGAGUACCUGAAGACACCUCGGUCCUCCAUAGGGAUCCAGGUGGAGGCUGCAACAGACUCGGAAUCCGAAAGCAAAGGCUCCAGGGAAUACCAUUCAGUUGGGAUCCAGGUGGAGGAUGACAAGAAAGGACAAGGCCGGUUCAAGCGCUCCAACAGCGUGACAACAGCAGUGCAAGCCGACAUGGAGUUGGAGGUCUUCCCCACUAUGGAAGACAAAGGCUUGCAGUUCGGCGGGGGCUUCCAGCGUCACUCAGAGCCCAGCACGCCCACCCAGUAUGGAGCCGUGCGAACCGUACGCACUCAGGGGCUCUUCAGUUACCGUGAGGACUACAGGACCCCAGCUGAGCCCCCCAGUCCCAGAGAGACCACAAGUGAGCCCACGUGGCAGCUGGAGCCCCCCUCGCCACAAGAGAAUACAGUCACAUCUGGUGAGUCGGGGCGUAGCUCCCCUUCUCUGAGGAGAGACGGGAGCUGGUUCAUGCAGCUGCUUCAUACUGAGACCAAGAGGAUAGAGGGCUGGUGUAAAGAGAUGGAGGCAGAAGCUGAAGAAAAUGAUCUGUCAGAAGAGAUCCUGGGAAAAAUCCGAAGUGCCGUGGGGAGCGCUCAGCUGCUCAUGUCGCAGAAAUUCCAGCAGUUUUAUUGGCUCUGUCAGCAAAAUCUAGACCCCAGUGCCAUGCCGCGGCCUACCUCACAGGACCUGGCUGGGUUCUGGGACCUGCUGCAGCUCUCCGUUGAUGACGUCACUUUGAAGUUUGACCAACUGCAGCAGAUCAAGAGCAACAACUGGAGGCCAGUAGAUAGUCCAGACAAGAAGCCUCUUGCUCCAGUACCAAAGAAGACAAUUCGACAGAAGAGUCUGGUAACAAGGGAAAAGUCCUUGGACCUCCCCGACAGGCACCGGCAGGAGGCGCGUCAACGGCUGAUGGCAGCCAAGCGGGCGGCUUCCUUCCGCCAGAACUCUGCCUCGGAGCGAGCGGACAGCAUCGAGAUCUAUAUUCCCGAGGCUCAGACUCGACUUUGAGAAGUUAGGUUCAAGGGAAACUUGUCUCCCUGCUCAGCUCGCCUUUUUUUCUAGACUUCUCUUUUCUCCUUUAUUUAUUAGGGCCAUCUUUAAAGCCAUCCUCAGUGACCCUCGCCAAUGCCAUCGGCCUGUAGGAUGUGCCUCACGUCCCCAAGUUAGUAGAGCUCUAUGAUGGGCACGGGUUGACUAGUUUUCUCACUGAUAAUCCGAUUACCACACUCACAUACCGCAUCGCUUUUCGUUCAGUGUUUUUCCAACAUUUGCAAAGUGCCAUUUUAAAAGUGUAGCUUUGGGAAGCCUAUUGGCAACCAAGCCUUUGAGCUACAAAGAAUAUUUUCAAUAGAUUGAGGAAACCUACAACUCUUUAAAUUUUUCAGUAAUUGACUUUUAUUUCCCAAACCUAAUGUGAAUUGUUAAAAGUGCCAAUGCUUCAAAUACCUCAGUCAAUGAGCCCCGGCCGUGUUGGAAAUGCAGCUCUUUUUUUCUUCUUCUUUUUUAAUUAAAUCGGAUGGUCAUUUUUCAUGGGAUUAAUUGUUGGAAAAAUGACCUCAUCAUGCACAUUAUAAACACCUCUUCUGAACAUCUGCUGUUACAAACUAUCAAAUAUUGACAUUGACGUCAUUGCAGUAGGAAAAAUUGGUUUUGUCCUUAGAUGAAAAUACGUUGAUUGCACUAAUGCACUUAUUACAAAUUCCACGUUUCAGAAGGGAAAUGUACAUAACUGAAGGUAACAAUAGUUUUUUUUUUCUUCCCCUCAAUAUGAAUUUUAAACUUUUUUUUUCCACCAUGUCCAUAGUUCACACCUCAUCUAAUUGUUUUUGACAAAACCAGUUUUAUUUUAUUUCACCAUAAUUCACAGUGCUAAUGCGUAGGCAAAUUGUAUCCUUCGGCAGAUUAUGUUACGGAAAAUUCCUGGUGGUUUAUAUUAUUUUAGUUUUUGUUAAAGUCUUACCAAGUCGUAAGAUAACCAUAAAGUAACCCUCAUGUAAGAGCAAAAUGAUCAAUUGUAAAAGCGAUUCCCACAUUAUAAAGGACAUCUUGCACAAUCAGUACAAUUCAAUAAAAUGGAACAUCAAGAUUAAAAUUCUCCCCUUACAAAGAUAAGGUUCGGUGUCAAAGACACAAUUGGUUUAUCAUUGUGUUUAUUCUUGUUUCAAGAGAAAUACAGUGUGAA